AUGGACGCGCUCCUGCGCGUUAUGGCCGCCAAGAAACAGCACGUGGCGGCAAUCCAAGCGCAGAAACAGAAGCAGAAGCACACGCAGAGCAUCGACGGGAAGUAUUUGCGUCGCGCAGAAGUGGAAAAGCUGUUGGAACGCGGCCACGGGGCGCUGGAACAGGGGACAGAGGCGGAGUUCAAGGCGCACGAGAAGCAAAAAGCGGACCUCGAGGCGCCCAAGAGCGCACUCGCGACGCCCACGACCAGUAUCGAGUAUACUGAACCCAAGUCAAAUGACAAGGUGCCGCCGGAGGCGCUCUUGGCGUGGCCCGAUCUGCGUCGACGGCUGCGCGAAUUGGGCGAACCCAUUACGCUCUUUGGGGAGACGGUACUGGACUGCAUGACGCGGCUGCGUCGCGUCGAGAUGGACGCUGCAUCGAAACACGACGACGACUUGGGCGCUGGCCACGGCAUUCGCAAUCGCUUUGUGGGCGGAGAAGAGGGCGAGCAGCGCGAGCAGGCGGACGAUGCCGCAGAAGACGCCGAGGAAUUUGAAGCGUCGGUGGGUGGUGAGGGCGGCGACAGGCAGCACACGAGGAAGAAGAGGGCACGGGGUGAAGUCGAAGACGACGACGCAGACGAGAGAGACGCGGACAAGAUGGUCUAUCGGUUCUUCAAAGGCAUGCUGCAAGGGUGGGAGACGGACUUGGCGGGUCGCCCGGACCACGUCAAGCGCACGGCGCAGGGCAAGAUCGCCGUCAAGACGAUGAAGCAGUGCAAAGACUAUAUUCGACCGCUGUUCAAGCUGUGCAAACAGCGCCAAGUGCCGCCAGAUAUCUUGCCCAACUUGGUCGCGAUUGUCAAGUUCUGCCGUCAAGGCGAGUUUGUCAUGGCGAACGACGCGUACAUCAAGCUCGCGAUUGGCAAUGCAGCGUGGCCGAUUGGCGUGACUAUGGUCGGCAUCCACGAACGCACGGGCCGCGAGAAGAUCAACUCGAACAAGCAGGCACACGUCAUGAACAACGAGUCCCAGCGCAAGUACCUCACGUCCGUCAAGCGCUUGAUGUCGUAUGCGCAGUCCGUCUCGAAUGUACCGCCUUCGAAGCGCGUGUUGUAG